UGUGCCAUCUGCCUACAAGUCCUGACGGAGGGCGCCCGUUGCUCACGGCCACUUUUUUCCUCUCUACCAAAGCAAGAUGGCAGCUGUUGUCGAAAAUGUUGUCAAACUGUUGGGAGAGCAGUACUACAGAGACGCCAUGGAGCAAUGCCAUAACUACAAUGCCAGGCUGUGUGCUGAGAGGAGCGUCCGAAUGCCGUUCCUCGACUCUCAGACCGGCGUGGCUCAGAGCAACUGUUACAUUUGGAUGGAAAAGAGACACAGGGGACCAGGCAUGGCACCGGGGCAGCUCUACACCUACCCAUCCAGGAGGUGGAGGAAGAAGCGGCGAUCUCAUCCUCAAGAGGACCCCCGGCUUAUCUUCCCUUCUGUCAAGUCAGAGAUGGAUGUCGGACUGAAGAAGGAUGCUCUGUUAUCAGCGGACGGCAGCAGCCUGGAGGCCCUGCUGAAGGGGGAGUCCAUGGACAAGCGGACGCCCACUGAGCUCCGGGGGUCCGAGGAGGAUUCAAACCUGAGUGACUGCACCGGAGGCUUGAACCCUGCUGCUCGCAUUAGAAAGAGAGUCCUUGAGCCAGAAGACUUCCUUGACGACCUGGAUGAUGAAGACUAUGAGGAGGACACGCCAAAGAGAAGAGGCAAGGGAAAGGGGAAGGGUCGAGGAGUGGGCAGUAACAAGAAGAAGCCGGACGCAGCAGCGGAGGACCGAGAGAAGCCGUACGCCUGUGACAACGCUAUCAAACAAAAGCAUAUUUCCAAACCGUCUGAAAGAGUCUGUGGGAAGCGCUACAAAAACCGCCCCGGUCUGAGCUACCACUACGCCCACUCCCACCUGGCUGAGGAGGAGGGAGAGGAGAAGGAGGACAUGGAGAUCAAUGAGCCUGCAUUGCCACUGCCCGAUGAGCCGAAAACAACCAAGAAAGGCCCAGAUGGCAUCGCGUUGCCUAAUAAAUAUUGUGAUUUCUGCCUGGGGGACUCCAAAACCAAUCUCAAGACCGGCCAGUCCGAGGAGCUGGUGUCCUGCUCCGACUGCGGGCGCUCCGGCCACCCCUCCUGCCUCCAGUUCACUCCAGUGAUGAUGGCCGCUGUGAAGACGUACCGCUGGCAGUGCAUCGAGUGCAAGUGCUGCAACAUGUGCGGCACCUCAGAGAAUGACGAUCAGCUUCUGUUUUGUGAUGACUGCGAUAGAGGCUAUCACAUGUACUGUCUCAACCCACCGAUGGCUGAACCUCCAGAGGGGAGCUGGAGCUGUCAUUUAUGUCUGGAACUUUUAAAAGACAAGGCAUCCAUAUACCAGAAGCAGAACGCCCCACCAUCGUGAUGGCUGCCACCCCCGUGCCCCCCCUCCCCCCUCCCCCCCCUGUCACUCUACCGCCCGGCAGCAGUAUGGUUCAGCGUUUGAAAUGUGGAAAGAAAGAUCUGAGGUGUGUGUGUGUGUGUCCCUUACCAAACGUCCCCACUUAGCUGCAGAUAUGACUGUUACACAGUUCCAAGCUCAGAUACAGACUCAUUGAUUUUCAUUUCCAUCUUUUUUCUACAUUUGAGCAGCACUGAAUUUCACAGCAUAGAAAGACUAAAUCGGACUUCCCAUUCAGGUUUUUUAAACAUUCAGUGACAGUUUGCUAUAACCUUCUCUAUCCUACAGUGUUCUCAACUGGAGCUUGUUUCAAUAAAUUAGCAUGCCAGUGCUUGCUAAGUGUAAAAAUAGUUUUUAUAAUAUUUAUAUAUUUCUAUGGCAUGUAAUAGUGUUAAGUAUGUAAAAUUUGGAAAGACAAAUGGUAACGCAGUAGUCUUAUCAGUUCUCAUCCUCAUGGUAAUAUCCACAACUACAUGUUCUUUUAUGGCAGUGCUGAUAUUUGGGGAUUCUCUUGAUAGAGUCAUAGGGAUCUAACAGAGACUGUAAAGGUUUUAGUAUCUAAUGGCCACAGAAACUAUGGAUAUAGAGGCCGCUGGUUGAAGGGGCUCCACAGGGUGCUGGAGGAACGGCCCGUUAGACUUUAGUCCGGUUCUGGACUCUGGUGUGCUUGGGGCUGACUGAGCAACACACAGCUUGAAAGGAUGCAUGACAUAACAAAUGCAUGUUUUAUUCAGGCUGUGUGGCCCUUUUGGGAUUCGUUCCGUACACCUGGGCCUCAGACGGAUGACGAUGGUUAUUCCGGUCCAAUCAAAACAUAACUCCUACUUGCAUUAUCAGCCAGUUAAAGGGAUAAAAAGCCUGUUAUGCUGUGUUUUAGCAGUUUGCUCAUCAGCACUAUACCCGUUAACCAUUGCUUUUAUAACACCAUUAGAUUAUGUCAAAGUAAUUUAGGACUACGUAACAUUGUAAAUAGUCACUUGACAACAAUAGAAAAGCAAUAUAAGAGGUCUGACAUUAGUCUUUUUAAGCUGUUGGCAGAUAAUGUGGAAGUGUUUUCUUUUUUAGAAAAUGCUAUUUCAGAAAGGGGACUGUGGUAAAAAAUAUGGAUGACUGUUUGUAAAAAGAGAUUUUAAUGUGUAUAUGUAUAGCCUUAUAAACAACUGUUCUUUUUGUCACUGCUUUCGUCGUUUUAUUAUGCAACGGUUUCCUUUGUGGCGAUGCUGACAGACACGGUGUGGUUACUUCACCUCAAACAGUAUUUAAAGGGUCAAAACAUGCUGUUGAUAGGUGAGAAAAGGGCAAUGGGAUACACAGGGAUGGCUGCUGCAGUGUCUGCUUCAUUGAUUGCAUAUUCUACAGGUAAUAGGUGCAUGCUCAGUACUCAGCACUCAUAUGCUACGUGUUUGUCUCAGCGUUUAGGUCGGCGAGGUUUUGGGGAGCGGCAUAAUAUAAAUUAACGGAGCUAUCAUGUUUGAAUAGCCCACUAACAACUACUACACAUGUAUAACUGGGUUUAUUUUCUCAUCACUUUGCAGUUGGUUGUGUAGUGGCUACUAGAAUAUUUCGCCGUUUGUUUUUGUACUCCUGGAUGAUGUUUGCGUGCUUGCUGUGUGAGACUUUUGGGAUACAAUGGAAUUUGCUCUCUAGUUAAUCCUGUGAUCCAGGUGUCAACUGUGUUGCCCUCUUCUAAAGCUCAAGACAAGAGGCCAAGCCCAUAAUGAGAUUAAGAGACGAGUUGUGUACCUGCACCUUUUAACACUGGAUGGUUAAAUAACGCAGCCAUUAUGUACCUUCUAGGCUGCACGAACAAGAGGAGGCUCCAAUAUAGAUACAUCCCAUUUUAUGGGUUUUUUCUGGUCUCGAGCUUUGGGAGAGAAAUGUUUAAGUCACAGGUUUACAAAGCAGGCAAAUUAUCUUUGGAUUGUGAUGGAAUGUUUUAUUGUGCAAAAAAUGUCUUCAAGAAAUAAAAUACUAGGCGAUAUAA